UGAAGAUCCUGCAUCUGCCGAACACAUCACUUUUCAAUCUUGUGGCUUCGGCUGAGGCGAGUGUGUAACUUGACUCCUCAUUGGCAAAGAUAAGCAGUCAAACGCUGAACCCACCACCUCCGCCAAACCCCGGACAAGCUCCCCGCAGUAUCGGCCAGCCGAACGGGCAUAAUACUCAGAUGCAGAGACUGGUAUACAAUGUUGUACACAAAAUGGACCCUAAGCAAGAAGCAUAAUGUGGGGUCCCCGCAAUAUGUGGUUGUAGUAUCCUCUCUCAAUCAUACACCAUGCUCCAGAGCUCUGUCCGGACGUGGGUUCUCCCCUACGGCAAUGGAUUGCUUGACCUCGGACUUUGCACGUUAUAGUCAUGCUGAUGUAUUGGACGUGGUAAGUGGACCCAAGCACCAGGUUCUUCUCAUAUACCGUUGUCUCUAAACGACGCGAGCUCCCCUCGCUUGUGUUGGCGAUCGUCUACCUGGAUUUGACGAUUUCUAUUCUAUUGGCCUUUCAUUCUCGUUUCAACCGGCUUGAUACAAUCUCAUCGCAAUGCGUGAUACUCCCGAGCAUAAGGCUGUCGUGGAACAUGAGAUUGAAGUUGCCCACCGCGAACACCAAGAAGUGCCACGCGGAUAUGAGGAUCCUCACAAAGCCGCACUCGAGGACAAUCCUGACCGACCCGAAAAGCUAAGCGCUACAGUUUUUCUGUCUGCCCUUUUCCUCGGGACUUCCUUCACAGGGCCCAUCAUCUUCGGGUUCAUCCUGAUCACCCCGAUUCUGGUCCAACUAAGUCAAAAGCUGGGCGGCGAGAACAUCGACUUUUGGAUUCCUUCGGGCUGGGGCGCCGCUGCUGCUGUGGGAUUCUCUAUCGCAGGAAGAUUGUCCGACAUAUUUGGAAGGCGAUAUGUCAUUUUAGCAGGGCAGUUGUUGACAAUUGUUGGUGGUGCGGUCGCGUGUACAGCGCAGUCGAUGAACCAGCUCAUUGCCGGCGAGGUUAUACUUGGUGGGUCCAUAGGAACGGUUUCGGUCGCUUAUGCUGGUAUAUCUGAGAUUCUCCCCAACAAAUACCGUGGUAUGGGUCUGGCAUGGACAGAAUUCAACCUCGCCACCUGGUCGGUGGCAGGGACGCUUCUAUCCAACUCACUAUUGUCCAACGCCAGCUGGCGCGUCAUGCUGUACCUCGCCAUCGGAUACGGAGCCUUUUCCUUCAUCGGCACCGCAUGUGUCUACUUCCCACCCAGCCAUCCCCGUCCUGACGGCCUGACUCGAUGGCAAGAGUUCAAAGGAUUGGAUUUUGUCGGUGCCUUCCUGUUUGUUUCCGGGCUCGCCGUGUUUCUGUAUGGCCUCAAUUCCGGCGGCAACACGUACUCGUGGCACAGCGCAGGCACAGUUGCACCACUGGUCUUGGGCGCCAUCGUGUUCCUGGCUGCCUUCGUCUACGACUUCACUGUCGCCAAUGACCCCUUAUUCCCAUGGUAUCUGUUCCGAAGCUUCCGCGAGUUCUCAGCACUGCUGAUGCUCGUGUUUGUUGCGGGGAUGGUGUUUUUCGCCGCCUCGGCGCUCAACGCGCAGACCAUCUUAUAUCUGUAUACGCCGGAUUUGAUCAAGAUUGGGAUAUAUUCCAUUCCGUCUGGCGCCGGCCAACUCGUCGGCGGCGUCAUCCUCCCCGCCUUAGUCCACUACAUCAAACACGUACACUACCAACUCGCCUUCUCGGUCCUGAUGCAAACCCUCUUCUUUGGACUCGCUGCCCUCAUCACACCCCACAACAUCAACUGGGUCAUGGCGGUACAAUUCCUGGCCAUGCUCCCAUUCGGCUGGAUCACUCUUCUGUGCUACACUACGGCAUCACUGCACGUUCCGCAGCGCGACCUAGGUGUCGCUAUUGGUUUGAUCGGCACAUUUCGCUCUCUCGGCGGGUCCGUGGGCUCCGUUGUCUUUUCGUCCAUUUUCGAACAAGUCGCCAAAAAGGAGAUAGCUAGACGGGUUGCUCACGCUGUUGCUGCUGGUGCGGCUGGUGGUGGUGGUAGUACAUCGCCACAGACAGCACUUCCAGCUCUCAUCGAGGCCGUCGAUCUAAGUAUCCUAGGCGUUCCCGGCCAAGCAGAGUCCGUAUCGUCGUCCGUGUCGGCCGCCGUGUUUGCGAAAUGUGUUGAAGCUGCAAGGCUGGGCUAUGCGUAUGGUUUCCGUAUCACUUGGCUGGCCUCCAUCCCGUUUGGCGUUGUGGCUGUCCUGUGUGCUGUUGCGGUCAGGGAUCCUUCAAAGUAUUUUACGAAUCAUGUCGAGGUGCAUUUGGAAAAGGAGGUGAUUGGCAAGCAUGGGCACCAACAGAAACAUCAGCAUCAUGAAGAGCGUGAGAAGGAACGCGGGGCCUCGUGAGAAUAUCUACUACCUAGGUGUACUGGGAGUGGUCCGGGUAGUGAUUACAGAGAGGAAAUACAAACACAAUACACACACACACAUAUAUACGCAUCAAUAUACGUAUAUGUAUAUGUAUAAGUGGUAUGCGACCUCACUUUGAAUUCUGC